AUGGCCACUCUUACCAUUAUCCUUAUUGUUGCGAAGCUAUGUUUUUGCUUUUCAGCUGCAACAGAUACCAUAACCCAGUUUCAAUCACUUCUAAAUAACAUGACCCUUGUUUCCAAGGAUGGAACCUUUGAAUUGGGUCUCUUCAGCCCAGGUAGUUCCACAAACAGUUACAUAGGAAUCUGGUACAAAAGCGUUCCACUCAAAACUGUCGUUUGGGUUGCAAACGGUAACUACCCAACCAAAGACAACUCCAGCAAGUUGAGCAUAAGCAGAGAGGGAAACCUCGUACUUCUCAGCCAGAACAACACCAUUAUUUGGUCAACAAACGCAACAACAAAAGUUGUCAAUGUUGUAGCACAGCUAUUAGACACAGGCAACUUUGUUCUAAGAGAUGAGAAAGACAAUAAUCCUCAAAAUUACUUGUGGCAGAGCUUUGAUUAUCCUUCAGAUUCAUUGUUACCUGGAAUGAAAUUAGGAUGGGACUUCAAAACUGGUCGUAAUCGACGCCUAAUUGCUUGGAAAAAUUGGGAUGACCCAUCUCCGGGGGAUUUCAUAUGGGGUCUGGUGCCUACCAAUAAUCCUGAAUCGGUUAUGUGGAAUGGCACAAAAGUGUUCUAUAGAAGUGGUCCUUUUGAUGGCAUUCAAUUUAGUGGUAACCCAUCUUUGGAUUAUAAUGCAUUAGUCAAUUAUACAUAUGUGGCCAAUAAUGAUGAAUUGUGUUUUUCAUAUACUAUCAAUGAUAAGUCAUUAAUUUCAAGAAUUGUUAUUAAUCAAUCAAGUCACGUUCGCCAGCGGGUGACAUGGAGUAAUAAUACUGGAACGUGGAGGGUGUCUUCAACGUUGCCAAUUGAUUAUUGUGACCAUUAUAAUCUUUGUGGUCCAUUUGGGAUAUGUUACGUUGGUGAUUCCCCACUGUGCAAGUGUUUAAAUGGCUUCAAGCCCAAAUCGCAGCAAAAUUGGAUUGAAAUGGAUUGGAGUCAAGGAUGUGUGCACAAUGAAACAUGGGUUUGUAGAGAAAAGAAUAAGGAUGGUUUUGUCAAAUUUAGUAACGUAAAGACACCAGACACUACAAGAUCGUGGGUUAAUAAGAGUAUGACACUAGAGGAAUGUAAGGAAAAAUGUUUGGAAAAUUGUUCUUGUACGGCUUAUGCAAAUUCUGACAUAAGGGGACAAGGUAGUGGUUGUGCUAUUUGGUUUGGUGAUUUGUUAGAUAUAAGGCAGAUUUCAGAUGCUGGGCAAGAUUUAUAUGUUAGAACGGCGGUGUCUGAAAUAGAUAGUUCAAUGCGAAAGGCGGUUCUGAUCGCAAGCACUGUUUCAUCUUUUGUUGUGAUGCUUAUAAUUUCAACAUUUAUUUAUUGGAGGAACAAAGGUAAAAUCAAAGUUACAAAGAAAAAGAAUGACGAAAACAAAGAAGAUUUUGAGCUACCAUUGCUUGACCUCACUUCAAUAGAGCAUGCCACAGACCACUUCUCAGAUAGCAAUAAGUUGGGCGAAGGUGGUUUUGGGCCUGUUUACAGGGGAAUACUACAAGAUGGGCAAGAAAUUGCUGUGAAGAGGCUUUCCCAGACAUCUGGACAAGGAUUGAAAGAAUUUAAAAAUGAAGUUAUUUUAUGUGCUAAACUUCAACAUCGAAAUCUCGUUAAGGUUGUUGGUUGUUGCAUUCAAGAAGAUGAGAAACUACUCAUAUACGAAUUCAUGGCAAACAAAAGCUUGGACUUCUUUCUUUUUGAUUCUAGUCAAAGUAAACUUUUGGACUGGUCCAAGCGCUUAAACAUUAUAAAUGGAAUAGCUCGGGGAAUGCUUUAUCUUCAUCAAGAUUCAAGAUUGAGGAUCAUACAUAGAGAUCUCAAGGCAAGCAAUAUUUUAUUAGACAAUGAGUUGAACCCAAAAAUUUCAGAUUUUGGUUUGGCUCGAAUGUGUGGGGGUGAUCAAAUUGAAGGGAAUACAACAAGAGUAAUUGGUACAUAUGGUUAUAUGGCACCUGAAUAUGCUUUUGAUGGAAUCUUUUCUCUCAAAUCUGAUGUAUUUAGCUUUGGUGUAUUAUUGUUAGAGAUAGUGAGUGGUAAGAAAAAUGGCCGAUUUUUCUAUCCGAAUCAGUACACUAAUCUUAUUGGCCAUGCAUGGAGCUUAUGGAAAGAGGGCAUUCCAACACAAUUAAUUGAUGCUAAUUUGCAAGAUUCAUAUAAUCUAUCUGAAGCUUUGCGGUGCAUUCAUAUUGCUCUCUUGUGCGUGCAACAUCAUCCUAAUGAUAGACCAAAUAUGGCAUCUGUGGUUGUAUUAUUGAGCAAUGAGAAUAUAUUGCCUCCACCAAAGGAUCCUACCUACUUAAUAGACGAAUUUUCAAUUGGAUGGAAGUCUUGUUCUACAACCCAAAUGGCUUUUUCAAUUAGUGAAUCAUUACCCCAACCUUAA